UCUUCCAUCUCUCACUGAAACAUCUUUCUUUCUUCGUCAGAGCUCACUUUUUUUUACAGAAAUGGCGACCAUGGCUACCACUCUCACAUCUUCUCUCUCCUCCAAGUCCAAGACUUCAUCUUUCUUGGAAUCAUCCUUCCAUGGCAUCGCAGUUUCUACCCCCACCCGCGUUUCCCACCCCGUCAGAUCUUCUUUCUCUGUAUCCAUGUCUGCUUCCUCUCAAGCUUACGAUCUGAACUCAUUCAAAUUCGAACCCAUCAAGGAAUCGAUCGUAUCCCGUGAGAUGACCAGACGUUACAUGACCGACAUGAUCACCUACGCCGACACUGAUGUCGUCGUUGUCGGCGCCGGAUCUGCCGGUCUCUCAUGCGCUUACGAGCUCAGCAAGAACCCAUCUGUUCAGGUAGCCAUAAUUGAGCAAUCUGUGAGUCCGGGAGGAGGCGCGUGGUUGGGAGGACAGCUGUUCUCGGCCAUGAUUGUCCGCAAACCGGCUCAGGCUUUCUUAGACGAGAUCGGUGUUGAGUACGAUGAGCAGGACAACUAUGUCGUGAUCAAGCACGCGGCUCUGUUUACUUCGACCAUCAUGAGCAAGCUCUUGGCUAGGCCAAACGUGAAGCUGUUCAACGCGGUGGCGGCGGAGGACUUGAUCGUGAAAGGAGGAAGAGUUGGAGGGGUGGUGACGAAUUGGGCUCUAGUCUCGAUGAACCACGACACACAGUCGUGUAUGGACCCGAACGUGAUGGAGGCGAAGGUGGUGGUCAGCUCGUGCGGGCAUGAUGGUCCGUUUGGAGCAACCGGUGUGAAGAGGUUGAAGAGCAUUGGAAUGAUUGACAGCGUUCCUGGAAUGAAGGCUCUUGACAUGAACACGGCGGAGGAUGCCAUUGUUAGGCUGACUAGGGAGAUCGUGCCUGGGAUGAUUGUAACUGGAAUGGAGGUCGCUGAAAUCGAUGGAUCUCCAAGAAUGGGGCCUACAUUCGGGGCGAUGAUGAUUUCAGGGCAGAAGGCGGCUCAUUUGGCUUUGAGGGCGCUUGGACUGCCAAACGCCUUGGAUGAUGCUUCGUAUGCAGGAAGUUUCCGACCGGAAUUGAUGCUCGCAUCCUCUGAGGUGACUGAAGUUGCAGAAGCUUAGAGAUGAAGAUGAAGAAGAAGAGAUGGAGUGAAUUCCAUUUUCAUGCAAAACCCCCCUCCCUUGUUUAAUAAAGUAGUGGAGAUUUGUGGUUUCUUGUUGGGUUCUAGACGUUUUGGCAAUAUGAAUUAUGGUUAUGCUAUUUACUUUCUCAA